UAAUUUAAUAUUAAAAAUGCUAAGCAAGAUAAAUCCUUUCCCAAGAAUCAUAUCAACAAUCAAGACUCACAAAUGGAAAUCAGCAAUUGCCUUAGGAGCCGUCAGCUACGGCAGCUAUCAGGCUUACCGACUUUAUAGCAAAUUUAAGGAAGGACUCGGCGAAUUCAAGAAAAUCAUUGAGCUCAUGGAUAAAAAGAAGGAAGAUCUCCCAGAAGGCGAACAACCGGAGGACGGUUCACCAGAGGAGUUAGAUUUCAUGCAGAACUUAAUGAAAUAACCUCAAUGAACAAGCAGAUCCUAUUUUGGCAACAGUCACUGAAAACAUUAUCAGGACGGAGGAAGCUCAGAGAAACCUUAUCCUCGACCAGCUCAAGGAAGAACUAGGUGUCACCGAGCUACAGAGACUUUCUAAAGAAGGGAAGGAUAAUAAGGAGAAGAUUGAAUCAUGGAACAAGCUUAAGGUAGAGGUCAUCCGUGAGUUCUUCUACUAUAUCUAUACCUCCCAGGUCUUUCUGUCAUGUAGCUACAUUGCGUUCUCCAUUCUCGGCAAACAGCUCUUUGAAAUCAACUCUGGCUUCAAGGGUGAAGACAACCUUCAAGACAUCAUUGAGAAACUUGGAGGAGAGGAAGAAACCAAGGAGAAAACUGAAGAAGAAAAGAAGGAAGAAAAAAGCGCUAAGAAAAAGGCUGAGUAUGAUGAAAAAGUCACUACAGCGGUGCACAAUCACUUCAUGCACCUGCUGUUUGAUGUUCUCACUAACUUUGUGGAGUAUCUAAAGCAUGAGGUGAUAGACCCAGUAAUUGAUGUUGCCAUGGCUACGACCACACUCAAGUCAAAGAUGACUGUGACUAAAUUCACCGAGGAGAUUCUUGGAAAGAUAUAUGCUGAAAUCAAUGAUAAUUUAUUCGAUCCCACCCCUGUGAUCGAGACCAAGGACUGAGAAGAUACAGAUUUUGAUUCCGAUUCUGAUGAUUUCCCCAAAAAGAAGCUCAACGCUGAAGCUCUCAACAUGCUCAAAGAAGAAAGCGUGAAGAAGUACACAAGCCUCAUCGUGACUAAGUUAGUUGAUUAUUUCAACGAAGCCAAUCUUGAUAAAUAUACGGAAGGAAUUGAGAAAGAUCUCGAAAGUUUGGAAGAGCUCAAGAAAGAUCUCCCCAAAAAUGAGUUCAUGCCUUCUGAGGAAGAAACAGCCAGUGAAUUGCUUGAGAAGAAGGUCAUGCAGCUCAUGAAAGAUUACCUUGAGUCACGCUACAGCCAAAGUAUUCUCAUAGAUUCCAUUGAAUGAACCUAUGAGCAUCUUGUUGAAGGAAUGAAGAAAGAACUCUCUGAAAUAGCGAAUGGAAAUUCAGAAUUAUUUUACCUCAAACUGAUUCCAGCAAUUUACAGAAAUAGAGAUUUGUACAAAGAAACUAACCCAAUAAUCCAAUCUUUGAAGGAGGGUCCCAAAGAAGAGGUGAAAGAGGCUCCUAAUGAAGAGUCUGAGCCAAAAGUAGUCGAAAUUACUGACGAGGAAGAAGCUCAAGAAACUGCCUCAGACCCUAAGCCUACUGAAGAGCCUGUAUUUGCCAACGAGAUUCCCCAAAAGGACAUCAUUUCUAUGGUAGAAGAAGAGGAAAGUGAUAUUGAUUUUGAAGAAAAAGUCCAGAGAAUAGUUGAAUCUAUUAAGCUAUUCACCAAACUCAUCCUAACAGAAGGUAUUGAGAGCUCCAACCAGAUGCCUGAUAUUGGUGACCUCUUUGGAGCAGGUGCCCUUAGCGAGAACUCUUCAGAAAUGGGUAUUCUUUCAACAUUAUUGUCGGGUGCAUAAAUUAAUAAUAUUAGGAUUCAAGAAUUUU